GGACGUUGUUUGUUGGUGUUUUGGGUGAAGACGGAGGCGCGUUGUGGUUCACAUUAAACUCCGGGGAAGCGGGUGGAUUUUAAAGUUAAGACCGUAGCCGGUAGUUGUCGCGAAUGCGGGGCGAAGAGUCGUCGGAUUCGGAGUCGGGGAGGAUGGAGGAGAGCUCGGUCCGGAGGAGUUUGGAGACGUUGUGUCAGGAGCUGAACAUGGACGAGCAGACAGCGACUGAAGCCAUGGACAACUUCACUGCCAUCUGGAACACUUACACCCUGGAGGGAGAGGUGGUCCACUGGCUGGCCUGUUCGCUGUACGCCGCCUGCAGGAAGGGCUCCACUCCCACUGUGGGCAAAGGGCUGAUGGAGGGAAACUGUGUCUCGCUCACCAGGAUCCUCCGCUGCUCCAAACUCAGUCUGAUCCAGUUCUUCUCGAAGAUGAGGAAGUGGGCCGACAUGUCGAACCUCUCGCAGGACUUCAGGCUGCGGAUGGACCGUCUCGAACGAAACUUUGAAGUCUCCACCGUGAUUUUUCGCAAGUUUGAGCCCAUUUUCAUGGACAUGUUUCAGAAUCCGCAGGGAUGUGAGCCGCCACGGCAGCCGCGCAGCAGGAAGCACAGGCGGCUGCCGUGCCACAUCAGUGAUGUGUUCAAGUUCUGUUGGACCCUGUUUGUCUACACUAAAGGAAACUUUCGGAUGAUCGGCGACGACCUGGUGAACUCGUACCACCUGCUGCUCUGCUGUCUGGACCUGGUGUUCGGUAACGCUGUUCUGUGUGCAAACAGGAAGGACCUCAUCAACCCUGCCUUCAGAGGUUUACCCCCCACGUAUCGAGCUGACGGCCACGCGUCCUCAGACACGCCUCCUCCGUGCGUGCUGGAGAAGCUGUGCGAGCUGCACGAUGGGCUGGUGGUGGAGGCCAAAGGCAUCAAACAGCACUACUUCAAACCAUACAUACAGAAAUUAUUCCAGAAACUGAUCCUGAAAGGAAACGAGGUGCUUUUGACUGAAAUGUUGGAUCCUCAGAACUUUAUUGAUAACAAUAAGGCCAUAAACAGGGUGUACGAGGAGUAUGUGCUGACAGUGGGAGACUUUGAUGAGCGAGUGUUUCUGGGAGCCGAUGCUGACGAGGAGAUUGGAACGCCGAGGAAGGUUGUUCAGGAACGUGCUGCCAACCAAACGGCCGCUCACAACCAACUGCAACAGCACGUGGAGAAGUCCGGCUCUCUGGCCCCGUCCACCCCUCUGACCGGACGGGUCUACCUGAAGGAGAAGGACCUGCUCGUCACGCCCGUCUCUUCGGCGACGCAGAGUGUCAGCCGGCUGCAGAGCAUGGUGACCGGUUUAAGGACCGCCCCCAGUGAACACCUGGUGCACAUUUUCAAGUCGUGCUCCAGAGAUGCCACAGAGUCCAUACUGGCUCGAGUCAAGACUCUCGGGCAAACCUUUAAAGAUCAUUACACCAACGACUCCGAGGACACGCCAGGUUCUCACAUAGACUUCGCAGAGAACCGUUUAAAACUGGCAGAGAUCCUGUACUACAAGGUUCUGGAGAACAUUCUGGUUCAGGAGACCAAAAGGCUGCAGGGCAGAGACAUGAGUGUGUUGCUGGAGCAGGACAUCUUCCACUGCUCCCUCAUGGCGUGUUGUUUGGAGGUGGUGUUGUUCUCGUACAGCUCUCAGAGGACCUUCCCCUGGAUCAUCAGCAUCUUCAAGCUGGCCCCGUUUUACUUCUUUAAGGUGAUUGAAGUGUUUAUUCGUGCUGAGGAGGGUCUGUCCAGAGACAUGGUGAAGCACCUGAACUCGAUCGAGGAGCAGGUUCUAGAGAGCAGAGCGUGGACUGCAGACUCUGCCCUGUGGAAUGCCCUGGAGGCUGCUGGGAACAAAGUUCCCACAGUGGAGGAGGUUAAUUUUUCCUCCUGUCUUGACUCUGGUUCCGUUAAUGGCCCGUCUCACCUGCCUCUCGUGGCUCACUCCCCCAUCAUCCACCCUCGAAUCAGGGAGUUCAGAUCGGGCCUGGGAAGCGCACGUAAAGAAGUGCCUCCUUCCCCACUGUCGGUCCACGACAGGUACAGCUCUCCCGCAGCAGGGAGCGCCAAACGCCGCCUCUUCGGUGACGACCCUCCAGCACCCUCUGCAGGCCUGAACCUUCGAGCGAGCCCUCUGCCGUCUCCAGCCAAGAGGCUGACGUUUGGUUCCAGCAGCGUCACCCCGAAGAACAUGGGCCCCGGAGCACAGACUACCAUCCUGAGUUUCCCUCUGCAAAGUAAAGACUUUGGCAUGGGUAACGAGCGGACCAUUACGCUGAUCCCAGUUCAGCCAUGUGACCCCUCUGGCAUCGUCACGGCUCAGUUUCUGGUGACCACCUCCCCGAGUCGGACCGCCGUUGUUGCCUCCACCUCUGAACCCCAGACAGAAAGCGGGCGACCACGACGCACCGGUUCCCUGGCUCUGUUUUUCAGGAAGGUGUAUCACCUGGCCAGUGUUCGUCUCAGGGACUUGUGCUUGAAGUUGGACAUCUCAUCAGAGCUGCGAGGGAAGAUCUGGACGUUUUUUGAGCGCGCUCUCAUCCACUGCCCUGACCUGAUGAACGACCGGCACCUCGACCAGCUGCUGCUGUGCAGCGUUUACAUCAUAUCCAAAAUCACCAAAGACACUCACACCUUCCAGGACAUCAUGAAGUGUUACCGCAGCCAGCCUCAAGCCAGCAGCCACGUGUAUCGCAGCGUCUUGCUGCGUCGGACUCCCAGGGUGCAUCCAGCUGAUGAAAACAUGGAGGUGGACUCUGCUUCAGGAGGAGAAUCUGCAGAGAAAGCCAAUCCGCUCGCAGGUGGCACAAAUUCUGGCCAAUCAGGAGGGGAGGUACGUGGUGACCUCAUCGAGUUUUACAACACCGUGUUCGUCCUGAAGAUGAAGAGCUUUGCGCUGAGAUACGCCGCCAACGAUAACCGGGCGGACGCUCCUCCUCUGUCUCCGUUCCCGUCGGUCCGAGCUCAUCCUCUGUCGCCUCGCCGGGUCAGUCAGAGACACUCGCUGUACGUGUCCCCUCACAAGAACUCCGCCGGCUGUCUCACACCAAACUCCUACACCUACAGGAUCAACAGCAGCCCGUCCAAGGAGCUGUCCGACAUAAACCGGAUGAUCCGGCAGGGAUGUGUGAGCAGGAAACGGGCCUUCACUAUGGAAGGGGAUGUGAUGAUGUCACCUAUGUGCGACUCGCCAAACAAGAGGACGUGUCCAGAGAACGGCAGCAGUCAAGAUGUGCUGCUGAAGCGUCUGCAGGACGUCCUGUCGGAGCGGCAGAGUCAAGAAAAGUAACGUUCCCCAACGAUCUGAAAACCACCAGCGGAGAAACUCCCGUUUCAGCUGUAACUCUAAGAACUCCCAUGUUCUGACCUGAAGGUCAGAGAGACGGUCCUGUAUGAUCUUAUUUCUAUUUUACCCAAACGUCAUUUUAGUUCCAUUUUUGUUCCUGUGACCUUAAAGAUCCGA